GCAGUAGUGCAAAAUUUCUAAAUACAAUUUGGCAAAUAUUAGUAUGUGUAUUUAUGAAUUCUUGUAGUAGGAGGACACUUUUAAGAGGGUCUCUGUGCGAUACUUUAAAAGUGUUUACUGUAAAACAUCAAACACGUAUGUGGGAAAGAUGCAGUGUGUAUGUUGUGCAGAGUAGGGCAAUGAUACAGGAGUGCGAGCGCAAAAACUCUCUACUAUAGGCAUUGUAAGCUCUAUAUUGAUAUGUACAUGUGGCGCCCUCGUUGCAGAAAUAGAUAACGCAUUGGACCUCCUCUAUUUACAAAUAGAGGUGUCGUUCAAAGUGCCGUCAUCAGCUGUUCGAUCAGGUGCGCGCGCUCGAAUUGGAUGCGACGUCGGUUCAGCGUCGGCGCUCCUUUUGUGAUUCGUCAGGAAUAGAGCGCGCGGCCCGUUCAGCGUCGCCAUCGUCGGAGAUCGCCCGUGCUCGGGUGUCGUGGUAGACGGUCGGAUCUGGCAUCUGGCAGAUACAAGUGACAUUAACAUGAAAGUGGGCUGCUGGUUCACUGGUUGAGUGUUCAUAUUCACAACUGGGCGGCAAGUCUAUGUGUAUGACAUAACCAAAGCACGGGACACCGUACGACUGUUCUUCCGGACAGUGACGUGCUCUAAUGGGGGAAUUUAGUUUAAGUGGCAAUACGAACAUCGGGUUAAGUGCAGUGGAGAUAUCUGUUAAUUCGUCGAAGUCAAAUCAAAAUACAAUAUUUUAUUCGUCGACGCCGACAACUACGAGCAGCAACGGAACCGACAUUCUGAUCCAAGCUAAGAGUUAUAGUGCGAUAAUGCAAGAUGAUUCCUCUGAGAAGAGUGCGGCAGCUGUUAGCAGCUCUACCGGAGAUGAAUUGUCUAAUGCAGUCUCGUCGGUUGUCGGGGACGCAAAUACGACCUCGACGACACCGACUGAGAAAAACUCCUCAUCUCUUCCCGCGAAAGACUCAGAAAUGCCAUCCAGCACUCCCGUGAAUAAUCUUUCGGAAAAAUUGUCUGACCAAGUAACCCCCGUCGGCAAGUCGGUACUGUCUCUUCCGGCUUACUUCCACCCAGCAGAACCCACAACUCCCGCAGGAGCUCUGUGGUCGACUGCAAUCGAAGAUGGGUUCGUUCCCAACUUGGCUGGAAUGAACGGUAUGGGAUUCCAAAAUUUUCCAUCGCCAAAUCAACAACAGCAGCUGUUCGGAGGAAAUAUGGGUCAGAAUCAGGCCAAUCAGACACGAAGAGCUAUAACGGCCAGUCACAAUUUUCCUCCGCAAAUGGGACGACAGCAAUCGCUUUCAAAUCAUCCCCUCUAUGCGAAAGGAUUUGGAUCAUGGACUGGCGGACCUCCUGGGCCACCAGGGCAAGGAUGGAAUCCCAACUCAAAUGCUGCUCCUUCAGCAAAUUCUGCUUGGAAUCGAGGUCGGAGUGUUCCCAACUUAACGCCACUUCAACAAAUGGGCGUUGGGAUGCCGCCUGGUCGAAAGCCUAGUCCUACUUUUAAUCAACCUCAACAGAUUAUAUCGCCGGUUAAAUUUCGAAGGAGCACCUCAUAUCCUGGAAAAGGACCUUUUCCUCAGCCGCCCACCUUCGAAAUUACCAAUAUGGACGAUGUUCGAGAUUUGCUGCCUUUCCAGGAUCGCUGUGGUGUAGUUAGUGCAAACGGAAGUAGUCCUCUGGAACAUAUGCGAGGUCUGGAACAUUAUUUGAAUGAUAUUAUAAGCCCUCAACCGAACAAUGAUUUAAAAGCUAAACAUCCGUCGACCUGGAACGAGGUGUUAGCUGGUGGCUUCAUAAACACAAAUAAUUUCCAGUCGCUACAAAUACAUGGAAAAUCGCCAUACCACUUUCCAGGACUAGACGAUCAGGCUGGACCGGUACUGUUGGAAGAACCAAGCCAUUUAGUUGAUGGAACUUUAGGAACUCAGCCUCUGAGCUCACCUUCUAGAUCUUCUCCCCAUUCACAAGGAUCGGAAGGUGGCGAGCGAUUUUCAAGAAAAGUUUUCGUUGGUGGCCUCCCUCCAGAUAUCGACGAAGAUGAAAUUACCGUGAGUUUUCGGAGAUUUGGCCCUUUAGUAGUAGACUGGCCUCACAAGGCCGAAAGUAAAUCGUAUUUUCCUCCAAAAGGCUACGCCUUUUUGUUAUUUCAAGACGAGAAUUCAGUUCAAAGUCUCAUUGACGCAUGUAUAACCGACGAAGAUAAAUUAUACCUUUGCGUGUCCUCGCCCACAAUCAAAGAUAAACCAGUACAAAUUCGACCAUGGAGGUUAUCAGAUGCCGACUUUGUUUUGGACGCAUCCAUGCCGCUCGAUCCUAGGAAGACCGUUUUUGUCGGAGGCGUUCCACGACCUCUCAAAGCUGUUGAAUUAGCAAUGAUUAUGGAUAGACUGUAUGGUGGAGUGUGUUAUGCGGGCAUAGACACCGAUCCAGAGUUGAAGUAUCCGAAAGGAGCCGGAAGAGUCGCCUUCAGCAACCAGCAAAGCUACAUAGCGGCCAUAAGUGCCAGAUUCGUUCAGCUACAGCACGGCGAUAUCGAUAAAAGAGUAGAAGUCAAGCCAUAUGUUCUGGACGACCAAAUGUGUGAUGAGUGCCAGGGUCAGAGAUGUGGAGGCAAGUUCGCUCCAUUCUUCUGCGCAAAUGUUACUUGUUUGCAGUACUAUUGUGAACAUUGUUGGGCUACAAUCCAUUCAAGACCAGGACGGGAGUUCCAUAAGCCCUUGGUUAAGGAGGGCGCAGACCGGCCUCGUGCCGUGCCCUUUCGUUGGUGUUAACGCAGGCGCGUCGCACCUGCGCCGCAGCCCCUUAGCUUAUUACCACACACUGGCAGCGGCCCCCUAGGCGAAAUGUUAGUACAGUAACUUAUCCCGCGGUACAUCGUUUGUCUUUGAUGGAAUUUACAAAAGCCAUUUUCGGAUUUCUCAAACAUUGCUUGAAUGCUUGAGAAGGAAAAUUCAGUAGUAUUGCGGUUUAAUAGUAAAAGAUAUAAAAAUACAUUUAGAGCUUGAUGCAACUUAUUAUCUCUUCAUCAGCUACCAAUUAAUAAUUGCCAUUCAAUAUUUCUUCUUACUCUAGCUAACAAUAUAAGCUUCUAGAGUUAGAAUAGUGACAGCAGAAAUAGUUAAAUGUUUCAAUUCAGCGAGCGUUUUUUACUUCAUCAAAGGCAUUCGUUCGUUAUGGGGUUAUUUAUCUAGUAGCAAUUAUACAUACCUAUUUAAAAAAUAUACAUGUAUAACCGAAUAUCUUCUGUAUAGAGGAGCGGGACGAUAGCUUUACGAUUUUUCUGCACUAGUCAUCCAGCGUUAUGAAUUCUCGACUGAUUUGACAUGGACAUUUUCCUUUUUGCUAAUUUUUCCAAAUGUAGCUUUAAUUGUUACUCAAAUUUAAUAAUCUUACAUUUUAGAGCCAACUGACUAAGGUAAACUUGCCAACUUUUAGACUGAAUAAAUAUUCAUUGCUUGCAAAUAUCGAAAUAAAAUACUAACCAGGUGAACGCUACUCUGCUUCACUUUCUAAUUCUGUCACAGACGUUUGGAACUAUUUUGUUUUCUUUUCCUAUUUGCUAUUUUAAUCUAAAAAAUACAUUCCACGGUUUUCGCGUAUAUUUCAACAAUCACGUACACACCAGUCUUUUUAAAGCAAUCAAUAUAAAUGUUUUCUAACACCCCUGUAUUUUAUUACGUUCAAUAUAUAUUUGUUUUCUUCACUAUAAAUAAAACUCUUGAAUCAGCUAUCAAUUAAUCAUUAAGGCGAAGAUACAAACGCGCUAAUGCACAUAUUUAAAAUUUUUGAACUUUCAUCAGGCAAAAACGAAUGAAGAGAUACAUUUCAAUAUUUAACAAUAAAAUACAAGGUGUUACUUAAAAAAGUGCAAGGAUAGAUCCUUAUUACACGUGCAAAUCAAUGAAUUUUUAUUUUGAUUUUUACAUUCAAUUUAAUUCCUUGGGGAAGCUUAAAAACUCAAUGAAAUUUUCAUGGAAAGAAAUCAUUAAAUAGUGCCAUCCUAAACAAAAACCAGCCAAUUGAACUGGUAAGUUUACCUUAAAUGAAACGAAGUUUUCCUAGGAUUGAAACAAUCCUUGUUAACUGAAAACAAUAUAAAAAGUUUUUCCAUCUAAUUACUCUAGAAUUCCACAGUUUCCUUACUACUAAUAAUAGCGUAUCCAAUAUAUUAUUUCUAAUCGUGUAUAAGUUGUAUUUGACUAUAUAGAUCGAGUGUGGUAAUUCUAGUCCAAUUAUUUUGGGCAAAAUGCUUUAACGUAUAAACCAAAGCUUUGUGCCUUUUUAAAUAAUCGUUUUUAAGAAAAUUAGAUGAAUAUUUGUGUUCUGAUGUGUGGUAUAAAAUAUUUCCAAUGCGCCCGCCACUGAGGGCGUUUACAGGGUAACAAAAGUUAUCUUGCACGAGGCAAAAAAAUGCAUAGGCCGACAAAAAACGUAAGAAAAUCAAAACUUUUAAUGCAUGUCCUCUUUAUAUCAGUUUACAGUUUUUUUAUAGGUUUUUGGGGGGUAAAUGUAUAUAUAAUUGAGCUAAGGCUUAACUUUACAUUAUUUGACUGUUUAAUGUAAGUUAGAUAUCAAUGAUAUUUAAAAAUAAGUAAUAAAUAAUUUCUCUUCCUUUUUUAUAUUUACAUUUUUCUACUUCUAUACUUAAGUAGAUAGUGAAAUUCGUUGUGUUGUAUUUUAAUUACAAUGCUUUUGAUACAGUUUUAUAUGUAAAACUCUAAGUUACUGGGAAAAUGUCUAUGGAGCAAACUGUGAGUAUUUCAUCAGUUAACGCGGUACAGUCAGAUAUUGUCAGGGUAUUGUAAAUACUAGUCUAAUGAAAGAGGAUACUGUGCAGUUACCGUUUAGCUUAAAACCGAUCGUCCAGCUCGAGUACCUGACUGGAAAAAAUUGCGUUAUAUUUCUGCUGCCCUGCCAAUUAUUCAGCCUCCCUUAAGAUAAACAGUAUAAGGGCAUGGUCUUCAGUAGAACUUGAAUCGUCGCUGAUUUAUUUAAGCGAAUAAAUUUUGGCGGGCCUAGAAAAAUUACGGCAGUAAAUGUGAAACAAAUCAUACAAUUCUUAUUGACUUGGAGAUGACCCCAGGCAUACAUAAUCUGCAUUCAAAUAUGCGACGCUAAGUGUAAGCGAAUCCACGUUGUUUUAGAUAACUGACGAUAGUAGGUACUACUACAAUAGUGAGGGCUGUUGUGCGAGUUUACAAUCUGUGAUUUUGUCACUUUCCCGGGAAUCGUAAUCCGGCUAUUGUUACACAAAAUGGAAAUUUAUUUUCAUUAUAUUUGUAAUCGAACAUUCUUCCAGUUAGUGUUCAACCCGAUUGAUCAUUGUCUUUUGUCCUAUCAAUUGUAAGCAGUUUAUUUUUGCAGAAAUUUUUUAAUGCAGAAAAAUUUGAUUAAAAACUUUUCGCGAAAAACUAUUAAUAUUUUCAGUCAGAGUAUUUGCUCGGCUGUGAAAUAUUGCUACAUUUAAAAUUAACAUUUCCAUUAAAUAACAUGAAGUGUUUCCUUAAAAACAAGCCUUAUCGCACAAGAUUGUUUCGUUGAAAUAAAAUACGCAGUAAAAAUGAGCGUAUUUGCUAAAUAAUUUUUUAGGUGACAAAACCACAGGUUUUAAUCACCAUAAUACUUUUUAUAGCUGGAAAAUCACACUUCUUCCCAGCCCUAGUUGGGAGAAAUAGCACAUGGUGUUUGUCGAUAUUCUUAAAUUUUAGCGAAACAAUGUUCGGGUGCCGCGAUUGUCGGUUACCCUGUAUACCAAUGAAAGCAUUUAUUCAAAGCCCUAGAAGUUAAUGCUAAUUAUUGCUGUCGAGUUUCAACUACUUACACACCUAGAUUUUAUGGGAAUUUCUCCUUCGUUUUUAAAAUAUGUGUAUCAGAUCUGGUUCUGGAUUUGGAUCAGGUUGUGGUGCGAAGACAAAAUUCUAAGUGUACACGAUUUCAUAAAUGAAAUAAUAUUUAGCCAUGUAGACAUAAAUUUAAAUCUUUGGAUGUAACGUUUAUAUGGAUAUAUACCCUAUCGGAUCAAAUAUUCUUUGUGAUGAAUAGAAUAAUGAAUUUCGUUAGUGUUUACUAAACAAUAGGAAUUUAACUAAAAUUUUAACUACAAGUAAGAAUAUUAGGAGAAAAUAUUGGUUCCAAAAUUUUGUACUUAGCAUAGCUUCAGUAGGUGUUUUAGUGUUGUUUGAAAAUGUUUCGGAAAUCUUCCAUUUUUGGCAGCUUUUUUGGCGGGGCCAUCCUAUACACAAAAACCAAUCAACGAUCAAAAAAUCCCAAAAACUCGUCUGUUUAUACAGCACCUACUUACGCUUAACUGCUCGCUAAUUUUAUAUUAAAAUAAAUUUUAACAAAAUAUAUAGAACGGUAUCAGUGAAUCAGGUCAAAAACCAAUGAAAAACUGCACAUUUCUGAAUUUGAUAAACAAUAAUAAUAACGUAGAAAAAAAUAUUAUACUUAACGUUAAACUAGUUAGUAUUUUUCGGGCUUACCUUUGAUCUGUCUGUAUUUUUUAAAUAUUUUAUCAACUCCUUAUGAGAACUGAAAGAAAUUUUUUUGCGCUUUGACCUUCUAAUGUUUCCAUCCCAUUUUAAAGAAUAAUGAGCAAAUCCACUAAAUUUUUCAUUUUAGCCAGCAAGAGCUUUGGCUCGUUUGCUGUUUAUAUUAUAAUGGAGACGGGAUUAUCCGAUUCUUUUUGUUAUUUAUUUGGCUCGUAUACGUUCAAUGGGUCUGAGGUUCUAAAAAGUUUACUCAUUUGCUUUGUGCCUUGAGACACAUCUAAUCAUUGUUGAAAUUCUUACUGCCAGCUAGUCAUAACUUGUGUAACUCUUCAGUAGUUGAGAUUUAUUUUUAUUGUGUUGUUGUGGGUGCAGUUUUGGGGGUUUUAGCAGAGUCGUUGAUUGGUUGAAAAAAAACUGAAGACCAUGUGGCUAUUGACCAGCUUCCGCUUAGUGUCCGCCAUGAUAACCGCUAUCCUUUAACAUCCCUUAUUUUCAUGUGUGAUACCAUAGACGUUUUAAAUGUAUUAAAUCAAUUUGCACGGAUAUGUAUAGUAUAUAUAAUAGUAUCAGCUAUUCUGAGACUUUGUAUUUUUUAAAUUUGAAUUUUUAUACUAAACUGUUAUAAAUGGUGAUUAGUAAAGUUUGUGUGCAAUAAAAUCCAGCCUCGGGAGGCAAUUUUUAGAGUUUUAUCUUUUACUGUAACUCAUAAAUAUAACGUUUCCUAGGAAAUUGUGUAUAUAGCAGACCAAAUGGCGCAUAUUGCAUCAGGCUGCAUUCUCUCUAGCCAGGGUUGUAGUUAGCCGAGGUUCAAAUACGUACCUAUUCUACCUAGUUUAAAUGGCUUACGUCCGUUCACUUUGUCCGAGUAGUGUCCUUACUUGUUAAAACGGCUUAAACAUGUAUACCAAAAUACAAAAUUGCUGUUUCCUCAUGGUAGUAAGCAAAUCAUGCUAAAUCGGAAAAUUAAAUUGCGACCAAGUUGGAAAGAUCUGAAGGACAUUACUUUGCGAAGCUGAGUUGACAAUGCUUGAAAUUGAAACCAUCUACUAAAAUGGUACAAAUAUGUAUUGAUAUGAUUUGUAACAAUUUACACUCCUUUUUCUACUGUUUGUAUUCGCUAAAGCAUGUCUGAGAGAGUAGAAAGGACAGUGAUGCGACAUAUUGUAUCAUACUCUGUAGGCCAUUAUUGUCAUUUUAUCCAAUUAUCCGUUUAUGAGAUUUAGAAUUUUGCGCUGUCAAGUAUUUUCACUGGCCAGCGCCUAUGUUUCAUAUUUUUAAUAUGUAUAAGCUCUGUAUUUAUUGGAAAUCUUUAAAGUUUUAUAUUUUCCACUUUUUAUAACUGUUUUAAUCGAAAAUGCUUUUCUCUUGUUUAAUAUUUUUAUUACUGAUUGAUUGAAAAUGACCAGCGAUUGCAAUUUUGCGAUUGUUAGCCGGAUUUAUCGAUGAAAUUCGUACCACUUCCCAUCAAAACCGUCUUAAUUACUAACCCCUAAUUUUUAAUUCAAAGUCUGCAUCGAAAGGAAUUUUGACUAAACAACACAAAGUUAAAUGGUCAAAUUUCUUUUAGAAAGCGGAAAAUUCAAAGACAUUAGCACGUAUGUCACAGAAGGCUAUUUUAUCACUUUAUACAAGAUCGUUCAUAUCUUUUGAGUGAUCAACUAGCUAUGCUCCGUUGUUUUUCUUCAACUAACUUUGUUUUUUUUUCUGGAUUGUAUUGAAUUGGGAUUUAGGUGCAAAUUUCAUACGUAGUUACCCUAAAUUAGUGCAAUAUCGGGCUGUGUCUCGUCUUGGCAAGGGGGCUCGAUUUUAGGGAUAGUCAAUUGUUUCAGAUUCUUAUUGUUGGUCUAUUGGUUAUUUCGGUUUUUGCCCGUUUCAACCAAUGGCUGUUUGACUAGCACCAAAGUAGUUUUUUAUUAUAAUUGUAUUAUUUUUUUGUUAUAAUGUAUUUUACAAAAUAUUUAAAUUGUUUUUAUAAUUAUUUUAUACACUUUUAUAUGUUUGUUAGUCAAUUUUGAGGUAAGGUUUGUAAAACUUCUUGAGAAGUUCCUCGUUUACUAUUUUGUUAGAUAUCAGACUUUUUAUGUUUUUUAUAAAUACUAUAUAAAAUGUCAAUUUGUGUUUAUUUGAUAAACUGCUGUUAAACUUC